AUGGGGGAGUUAGCAGCAAAGAAGACGGUGUGUGUUACAGGUGGCUCUGGUUACAUAGCUUCAUGGAUUGUUAAGUUCCUUCUCCAACGAGGUUACACUGUUAGAGCCAGUGUUCGGGAUCCCGAUGAUCCAAUAAAAACUGCCCAUUUGGUUGCAUUGGAUGGAGCUGCUGAGAGACUUCAUUUGUUUAAAGCAAAUCUGCUUGAGGAAGGUUCAUUUGAUUCUGCUAUUGAGGGUUGCCAAGGAGUUUUUCAUACUGCUUCUCCUUUCUUUCAUACUGCCUCAGAUCCUCAGGGUGAACUUAUUGAACCAGCAUUGAAAGGAACAUUGAAUGUUCUAAAUUCAGUAGCAAAAGCUUCAUCUGUGAAGAGGGUUGUGUUAACAUCUUCCAUGGCUGCUGUUUCUUAUUCUACAAGGCCUCAAACUCCCCAAACAAUUGUUGAUGAUACUUGGUUUUCUGAUCCUCAGAUGUGCACCGAUCAACAGCUUUGGUAUCCACUCUCCAAGACUUUAGCUGAGGAGGCAGCAUGGAAUUUUGUAAGAGAGAAGGGAAUAGAUAUGGUUACCAUGAACCCAGCCAUGGUUAUUGGUCCAUUAUUGCAGCCAACCCUAAAUACUAGUGCUGAUGCCAUUCUCAACUUAAUUUCUGGAGCUGAAACAUUUCCAAAUGCAGCAUUUGGUUGGGUUAAUGUGAAAGAUGUUGCAAAUGCACACAUUGAAGCAUAUGAGAUUGCAUCAGCCAAAGGAAGAUAUUGUUUGGUUGAGAGAGCUGUUCACUAUUCAGAAAUGGUGAACAUUAUACAUCAACUCUACCCUUCACUUCAACUUCCCCAUAAGCCUGCUGAUGAGAAGCUAUUUGUAUUGGCAUAUCAAGUCUCAACUGAGAAAGCAAAGAGCUUAGGCAUUGAAUUCAUUCCUCUAGAGGAAAGUCUGAAGGAAACUGUUGAAAGCUUGAAAGAAAAGAAUUUUAUAAGCUUUUGA